AAUCACUUUAAAAAAGAGUACAGAGCUAGAUUCUGCCAUGGAGGAAGAAAGAAGAUUGAUGUACAGCCAGGUCAAAACGUACUGAAACUCAUACAGGAUUGUUUUGAAAGUUGUGAUAGUGAUCUUACAAUAAGCUCUCCAAGUGCAACCCAUGGCUCAGCCCUGAUUGUCAGAAAUGAGAAAGGAACUUCAAUACAGAGCCAAAGGGCAGGGUUAACUAACUCUGUGAAAAGAGCCUGUAAUUCUGCAGAGUCCUUACCUGCAUCACCACUAAAAACAGUCAGCAGCAGAGGAUGGUCACAUGAAUCACCCCUGAAGCCUGCAAUAUGUGAUUACAUAGCUGAUUCUAAAAAUCCAAAGUCUUCUGUGUCUAAAAGAGAAACAAAUAAUAUAUUAAAAGAUGUUGAAGCACUAUGCAAAAGUCCUGCUAUGUCUUCGGACCCUGAGGAUGAUUAUGGGUCUGUUGGAUCACCUCUUCUUGUGGAGGAAGCAAAAAGUUCUCCUGUACAUACAUUACAUUUUGAUGACCAAAAUGCAGUGAAGAGCCAUGUGGAAGUUGAAAAUUUGGAAGGACUUCAGACUGGGAGAGAUGAGCAGGUUGUUCUCGUGCAAGGAACAGAACGUAUUGCUACGUCUUCUGUACAGAAAGAGAAGUCUUUCUCUUCAGUUGUCUUAGCAGCUGUAGCAACAGGAACAUCUGGAAAAAGGUACUCGACCUCAAUAUCACCACCAUCACCACCUCCUGUGAAAGAUCAAGAUACAGAAAUAGAAAAUGAAUGUGAAUUUUUAAUUGAUGAAUCAGAUGGUGUAUCUUUUAAUUCUUGGUUUUCAAUACCCCGUAAGAGCAAAAAAUCAAAAAAAGAUGGCUCUGCAACUCCUGUUUCUAAAUCUCAGCCCUCUGAAAAGGAGAAGACAGAGAAUAAGAAAGGCAAGGACAGAAAAGUACAGGUUGAAGCACUUACUAAACAGAAAAUGGGUGAUUUGGACAUUAGAGUACAUGACUUCAAACGAACAUCAAAUUCAGAUCCAGUCUCUAACACUGAAGGAAAGGUCUUUAAAUCUCAAAGCCAAAACUGUACUCGUAUGGGAAAGACUAAAAAGGAUGCACUUAGGCAAGGCUCUCCAAACCAGAAAAAGGACACGUCCUGGAAACCAGAAGCCCAAAACCUGAUAUUGUCACAGUCUGGAUUGGAAACAAAAGCAUCUGAUGCAGAACAAAGUAAAACAAAGGUGAUGCUAAGUGAGGAUUCACCUAUACCCUCACCUGGGCAUCAGCAAGAGCGGACUGUGUCUCCAAAAAAGAAUCUUAAGUCUUCCAAGCAUCUGCAGUCGGCUUCAAAAGCUUCUCAGCAUUUAGUUCAGAAGAAACAAACUGCUAAGCAGAAACUUCCAAAAGAUACAGUAGCUAAGAAACUGGCAGAAAGUCCAAGGAAGAAGCCUAAAAAAUCUGGCAAGAAAAGUAGUAAGAAAAAGCCUCAGUUACCAAGACAGCUGAGUUCUGACAGUGAACCUGGUGAGGAAGAGCUUGAAAGAGAGCCUGUAAAAUUGAAUGAAGUGCUUACCUCACCCCUGCAUCAGAAACGACAGACUUCUGUGGUUCAGAAGUUGGCUGAGUCUGAAAAGCCUAAAAAUUUAUUGCACACAUUGGAGUCACUUGGUGGUGCAAAUAACAAAACGCCUGUAAAAGCACUACAGCACCUCUUAGACAGUGUGAAGAAUUCUGAAAAGAAACGAUUGCCAGCUAAGUCUUCAGGGAAGAUACCCAAAAAGAUCAAUCGCAGAACGAGUAAAGGUGUUUGCUCAAACCCUGAGGACACAGAGGUUCAAACGGAUGACAACUCUUCUGUACAGGAUAUGGCAAUUGAAAAACAGAAGUUAUCAGAUGUGAAAACAAAAAGUAACAAAAGAAAACGUAACACGCAACAUGGACUACAAGAUUCCUUUGCAGCUGAGAAGGCUGCAAGUCUUGAAAGUGGGCCUGUUCUAGAACAUUGUGAUAAAUUUACUUCCAGAAGCGAGUCUUGUGAACAGGAUAAUACAUCUUCAGAUAGUUCUGAAGACUUGAAUUGUCAAAUAAGAAAUCUGUUGUCAGACAACAUAGCAAGGCAUAAAAUAGUAAUGCCUUCCAACACACCUAAUGUUCGUCGGACAAAAAGGAUACGACUGAGACCUCUGGAAUAUUGGCGAGGCGAGCGCGUAAACUAUGCCAUGAGGCCUUCAG